AUGAUUCCUAUUUGGUCGACGUCCUAUGUUUUUUGUUGGUGCUGCUAUAUUGUUGAUAGCUGGAAGCAUUGGUGCCGCUGCUCAGAACAUAUAUAUGUUUCUACCAAUGUAUUUUCUACAAGGUCUGGCUCAUACAGGAAUAUUUCUUGUAGCUUUCACACUGUGUUUGUAAAUGCUUUGGUCUACUACGGCUUGUCGUUAAACACAGAAAAUUUAGCAGGUGAUCCGUAUCUAAACUUCUGUAUAUCUGGAGCUGUUGAAAUACCAGCGAAUAUAUUAUGUAUAGUGUUUUUAAACAGAGUAGGAAGAAAGGUACCAUUAGUUUUAUCAAUGUGUGUUGGUGGUAUAGCUUGCAUAUUAUCAGGAACCAUUCCUAUAAAUGGCAAUACAGAUAUAGAAACAUUGACUAUCGUAUUGGCUAUGAUUGGUAAAUUCUUUAUAUCGGCAUCUUAUGCAAUUAUAUAUUUAUUGGCUGCUGAAGUAUUUCCUACUGUUGUACGGAAUAUAGGCGUUGGAGUAGCAUCUAUGUCAGCACGUAUUGGUGGUAUAAUGGUGCCUACAAUGUUAGAUUUAAGGUCGAUCUGGACACCUUUACCGCUGGUUAUAUUUGGUAGUUUAUCUAUAGGAGCUGGUAUUUUGGCGCUGCUGUUACCAGAAACUACAGGCGAACCACUACCUCAACUGUUGGAGGAUGUAUCCAACAAAAAUAAAACAAUGAAAUUAGAAAUUGAGGAUAAAGGAAAGGAGAAGUAUGAUAAUACAAGGUUGUAAUGGGUGCAGCUUGGAGUGUGUGUGUGUGAUGCAGGAUUAAAUGCUGUAAUUCUUUGCGCUUUAGUGUGAUAUUGUUUUACGAUCUUGGAAUGCAACUUCUUGGAUUACAUUGAUUUAUUGAGGAAUAAUACAUAAUAAAUUUGGGUUGAAAAAGUGAGCUCAUUGGAAUAUCUUAUCUUAGUAACCAGACAUCUGUGAAAUAUUUGUGUUUCAAAUGCAAAGCAUUUUUACCAGUUUGUGAAAUAGAUCUAUUGCAUAUAGCAUCAAUGGUCUAAGACUUUCGUUUUGAGUUGAAAUAUAUUUGAUUCCACUUCUACAUUAAAUUUUACAAGUUAUA